CACACACGCGCAUACUUGAAUCUCAACGUCAAUCAAUCGCCCUUUCCUUUUUCCUUCUCUUUUUUUCCCUUUUCCUUUUCUUUUUGAAAUUUUCACACAAGAGGAGGAAGAAUUCUGGAAAAUCAAAGGCUUUUGGAGAUGGCAGUAAAUAAAGUGUACUGAGCUUAUUGUGAAUUCACGCCUUGCAUGCAGAUAGAGCAUGUCCGAUCAGCAGGCAUAUGAUUUUGAUUACAUGGCUGAGGAGGGUGAAGUAGCUAAUUUCCUUGACGAGAUGGAUGAGGAAGACAACAAUGCAGAUGUCGGUAUUGAUGAAUACGAAAUGCUUACUAAAGUGACAGAUACCUCAUCUUCUCAAGCAAGAAAGGGAAAAGACAUUCAAGGUAUUCCUUGGGACAGAUUAAACAUAACGAGGGAAAAUUACAGAUUAACGAGGCUUGAACAGUAUCGGAACUAUGAGAAUAUCCCUUUAUCUGGGGAAGCUGUAGAUAAGGAGUGUAAACAAAUGGAGAAGGGUGGCAACUACUAUGAAUUCUUCUACAAUACAAGAUUGGUUAAACCAACAAUCCUCCAUUUUCAGCUCAGGAACUUGGUUUGGGCUACUUCGAAACAUGAUGUGUAUCUCAUCUCCAAUUAUUCAGUUAUGCACUGGUCCUCACUAACGGGAAAUUUGUCGGAAAUCCUCAACUUUGCAGGUCAUGUAGCACCUACUGAGAAGCAUGCAGGAAGUUUAUUGGAAGGGUUUUCCCAGACUCAGAUUAGUACACUGGCAGUCAAGGAUAAUUUUCUGGUUGCUGGUGGCUUCCAAGGAGAGCUUAUUUGUAAGCGACUGGAUAAACAAGGAGUAAGUUUUUGUACCCGGACCACAUAUGAUGAUAACGCUAUCACUAAUGCUGUUGAAAUAUAUGACAGCUUGAGGGGUGGAAUCCAUUUCAUUGCAUCUAACAAUGAUUGUGGUGUAAGAGAAUACGAUAUGGAGAGAUUCCAGCUUCUGAAUCACAUCCGUUUUCCUUGGCCUGUGAAUCACACAUCAGUUAGUCCUGACCGCAGGCUUGUUGCCAUUGUUGGAGAUCAUGUUAAUGGACUACUUGUAGAUUCACAAAGUGGAAAGACUGUUGCCACAGUAGUUGGUCAUCUAGAUUACUCGUUUGCCUCAGCAUGGCACCCGGAUGGACGCACAUUUGCUACGGGGAAUCAGGAUAAGACAUGCCGAGUAUGGGACAUAAGAAACCUAUCGAAACCCAUUGCGGUUCUCAAGGGUAACUUGGGUGCUACACGGUCUAUUCGCUUUUCUGCGGACGGCCAGUUUAUGGUGGUGGCUGAACCUGCAGAUUUCGUGCACGUUUAUAGUACCAAGGCCGAUUACAAAAAGCGUCAAGAGAUUGAUUUCUUUGGAGAGAUAUCUGGGGUGUCGCUGAGUCCGGACGACGAGUCUCUCUAUAUAGGAAUAUGGGAUCGGACUUACGCAAGCUUACUACAGUAUAACAGAAGGCAUACAUAUGGAUAUCUUGAUUCCUACUUGUGACGGAUAUCACAAAAGAGCUUCUUCUCUCUGAGUUGACGGCUGAUUCAUUACAAAGGAAAGAAAAUAGGAAAAAAAAAAAAAA